AUGCCGCGUCCGAGCCCGCCGCUCUCCGCGUCCCUCUUCAAUUCCCUCAUCGCAUCCCGCGCCCGCGCUGGUCGCGUGGUCGACGCCCUCUCGCUCCUCGCGCGCAUGCUCCCUGCCGGCGUCGCCCCGACCGCGUUCACCUUCGCACCGAUCCUCGCCUCGCCUUCCGCCACCGCCUGCUGUGCCGCGCAGCUGCACCCGCACAUUCUCAAGAGCGGCCUGCUCCACUGCGAGCCCUACUCGGGGACCUCGCUAGUGGGGUUCUUUGGGCGGAGAGGACAGUUCGACGAGGCGCUCAAGGUGUUCGGUGAAAUGACCGUGAGGAGCGUUGUCACCUGGAACUGUCUCAUCUCUUCGUUUGCACAGUUUGGACACAGCCGCGAUGCAGUGUCCUGGUUCAGGGAGCUCAUGAGAAGCGGCAAUGGCUUGUCAGAUGGCUCGUUUGUUGCAGUAUUGCCUUCGUUUGGUUUGCCAGAGCAAGUUCAUGGUGUAAUGAAGAAAAUUGGAAUGGAUUCCGUCUCAGCAGUUGCAAAUGCAUUUCUGAAUUCAUACUGUACUUGCGGUGCAAUAGAUGUGGCAAAGAAGCUAUUCGAUGAGAUAAUGUUUAGAGAUGUGGUUUGUUGGAAUACAAUGAUAACUGGUUUUGCAAGGAGUCAUGUCCCAGAGAGAGCUUUUGAGCUUUUCUUGAGUAUGCAACGUCAGGGGAUUUUUCCAAAUGAAAUUACAUUUGCUAGUGUUCUCUAUGCUUGCACCGUUAUAGAUGGACACAAACUUGGGAGGUUUGUUCACGCAAAAGUUAUCAAGCACGAUCUCAGCACAAGUGUGUUCGUGAACACUUCAUUGAUUGGUUUCUAUGCAAAUUGUAUUAGUAGGGGGGAUGCUCAUAAAGUGCUUGAAGGGGUUCCUGGAAAUAGCACCACGUGUUGGAAUGCUCUGAUUUCUGGUCACUCUGGUUGUGAUGAUCCAACUUGUUUGGUUAUUGUGAGAGACAUGCUGCGAUCAGGGAUUAAACCGAAUGAAGUUACUUUUUCUUCAUCUCUCAAGGAUCCAUCACUUUUUGAUCUCCAGCAGGUUCACUCAUUGGUCAUAAGAUUGGGUCAUGGUGGUAAUGACUAUGUUUCAAGUGCUAUCAUAUCAUCGUAUGCUUCACAUGGCAUUAUUUUUGAUGCCUUGUCUUAUGGAGUUGCACUGGAUCCAGACUCAUGUAGUGUCUCUAUGAAUGUUUUAGCUGGCGUCUAUAACAAAGCUCGCAUGUACCAAGAAACUAAGGACCUACUUCUACAUAAGCAAGAUCGAGAUACUAUUUCAUGGAGCAUACUUAUUACUGCUUGCGCACGGAAUGGUGAUUUUGUUGAAGCUUUUGGAUUUUUCAGGCAGAUGAGAUUUUUUGGGCACCGUUUCGAUAAUUAUGUAUCUGUGAGCCUGCUGAGCAUUUGUACCAAAAACAACAGCCUUUAUCUUGGUAAGUUGAUUCAUGGGCUUAUCAUCAAGACCAAUUCCAGUUGCUCUGACAGUUAUGUUGAUAAUAUGUUGCUAGAUAUGUAUGCUAAAUGUGGUAGAAUUGAAGACUGUCUCAGAGUCUUUGAGAAAAUGGAAGACAGGAACCUUAUAUCAUGGACAACUGUGAUUUCUGGACUUGGACUUAAUGGUUUUUCUCGUAAGUCCUUGGCAUUGUUUAAAUCCAUGGAAAAGGACGGCUGCAAACCUGACAAAGUAGCAAUUCUAGCAGUCCUGUCAUCUUGUAGACAUGGUAGACUUGUGCAGGAGGGGAUGGAGAUAUUCAAACAUAUGAAAGCUGAUUAUUCAAUUGAAGCUGAUAUGGAGCAUUACAUUUGUGUGGUUGACAUGCUAUGCAAGUGUGGUUAUUUGAAGGAAGCUGAGGUCGUGAUUAGAGGCAUGCCUUUCCAACCAAGCACUGUCAUAUGGCGCACAUUCCUCCAAGGAUGCAAGACAUAUGGUGUAACAGAGGCACAAGUUUUUAGCCAGCGGUGGAUCAAAUAG